AGCCUUGAAGCAGAAGUUAAGGAAGGCUGCUUGUGGUGGCUGCCCCGCUCCUCCCGGCCCUCGCCCCAGUGUCUCGUGGUCCAGAGUGGCAGGGCCCCUGCCAAGGGGAGAGGCCCAGGCUCAGCGACCACCCACAGGAGCUUGAAGAAAUCCGCAAAUGUGGGAUGAAAAACUUCCGUAACAUCCAGGUUGAUGAAGCUAAUUUAUUGACUUGGCAAGGGCUUAUUGUUCCUGACAACCCUCCGUAUGAUAAGGGGGCCUUCAGAAUUGAAAUCAACUUUCCAGCAGAGUACCCAUUCAAACCCCCGAAGAUCACGUUUAAAACGAAGAUCUAUCACCCAAACAUCGACGAGAAGGGGCAGGUCUGUCUGCCGGUAAUUAGUGCUGAAAACUGGAAGCCCGCAACCAAGACCGACCAAGUCAUCCAGUCCCUCAUAGCACUGGUGAACGACCCCCAGCCCGAGCACCCACUCCGGGCUGACCUAGCUGAAGAAUACUCUAAGGACCGUAAAAAAUUCUGUAAGAAUGCUGAAGAGUUUACAAAGAAAUAUGGGGAAAAGCGACCUGUGGACUAAAAUCUGCCGCGAUUGACCCCAGCGAGUGUGCGCAGAGACCCCGAGCAAUGCAUUCAGAACCCCGCAAAGCAGGACUCUGGAGGCUGACUCGGGCCGCCGCCUGGCGUUCGCUUGUGGCAGUUACUAACUUUCUACAGUUUUCUUAAUCAGAAGUGGUCUAGGUAACCUGUAAAGAAAGGAUUAAAAAUUUAAGAUGUUCUAGUUCUGCUUUCUUUGUUUUAAAAAAUCACUGCUUCAAUCUACUUUAAAAGAAUGGUGUUUCUUUUCCUGUCCAAAUUUAUCCAAAAUCUUCAAUUUACAUUUAGCCCGUAAGGUUUUAAAAAAGAAAAAAGGAAAAAAAAAGGUUGUGGUUCCCCUUCUUCCCCUCCCCUUGCAACUCCCACUUUCUUGCAUUUAGUUUAUUUUUCACUCACUCCUCGGACCCAGGCCCCAUCUCCCACAGAAGAGACUGUGCCGGUGUUAGGGGCUUCUCUCUCCACAUUGCACUGCCUGCUCUGGGAGUCGGUUCAAAUUCUCUUGCUUCCAGUUUAUAACAUCCUUUUAAAAAAUUAAAAAAACAAGCAACCAACCACUUCCACUCCCCUGCCCCUCCCCCAAAAAAGCCAUGGAAAGGGAGGCUCAGCUCUUCUGUAAACUCUGGCUAAUGUCACCACAGUAACGCUCACCAAAUGGGCAGACCCUGAAGUCCACGUCGUGAUGGAACUCCAGCCGGGCUGGUCUGCUGAGGGCGACCCCCCGGACCAGGGCUGCGGCCACCCGGGGGCCUGCCAGCCAGAGGACAGAGCACUUGUGGGUGGAAUUUCUCACCAGAGAGUCUCCCCAGGCCACAGGUUGGCGCACCUCCCCGCAGCCGUUCUGGAAGAUGCCCAGGUGCUUGCAGACGGCGCUAAAGCCAGAAUGUCCGUUUGAAAUUCCACACUCGCCUGUCACCGAGCUCCAUCCAACGUGUGUCCAUCCAACAGAGCGCGGGGCGCACUCUCCGACUCCCCAGUGCAGCUGCCCCACCGCAGCCCUUCCUCAGCAUGGUCUGACUCUCUGGCGACUCCGCUGUCACUGGCCCAGCCCAGGAACAGGCCAGCCUCCCUCCCUCUGGACUCCCAGCCUUCGCAGAGUCAAGCUGCACUUGAAGCUCACUCAGUAAUAUCCUUGACAUGUUUUAUAUUGUUUUGACUGCCUUCUUUUGUAGAAAUAAAAAUUGACCUUAGAAUUUAUCAUCAGAUGAACUUGUAAGGAUUUGAAUGUUCAUGUCUUUUCAAAGCAAGUGGGACUAUCCCUGAAAGAGUAGAGUCCUUGUCACUGACACCUAGAGGAAGCCAAUGGUCCAAACACCGGGUGUCACCAAUUCCACUUCUGCCACUGGUGGCUUCCCGUCUGGCUCUCAGGGGGCUGGAUCCUGUGGAGAAGAUGACUUCAAGAGCCUUUGCUUCCUGUUGUAAUUUUAGUUCUGAACCGCAAGGUCUCUCUGGGGCUUGCAGACCUGUGCAGCAGCUUGGCUUUCCCUGUGCAGAAGUGGGAGCGAUGGCAGGUCAGGCCACCUGGUGCUGCUCGGGUGUCCAGGCGUGUGGCCUGCGGAGUGUCAUGAACUCGGCUUCUUUAGUCCUCGGUACACGACAGGCAGGUUCUGGAGUCCCUGUGCCUAGGAAGGCAAGGGCGCUGGGCCAGGCGUCCACCCACGUGUGUCUCUUCAUUGGCAGAGAGGUGAUGCUGGACUGUAUUUCACUCACAUGCAGAUUUGUAAUAAAAUGCCAAAUUCUGUCAGAAGCUGUCCAAAUAAGCCACCAUUUGUUCUCGUUGCUUCUCUGAAUCCAGAAAUAAUGCCAUUCUUGGAAACUGUCACAUUGCUUCGUAUCUCCACCCGCGUAGCUCUGCCCGCCUGUCACCCCCUCCCUUCUCUGCUCGCCACGGGAGGAUGGCCACCGUGGUCAAAGCCAGCAGCCUCCUGCAUCGCAGCCUGAGGUUUGCCCCAUCAGCAGAGGCCUGGCCUCUGAGAGCGAGGCAGUGUGUGGUCCCUUCUGCGGGCCUGGUGCCUGCUCCCGCAGCGGGCAGUGGCUGAGGAGCCCUUGUGGGCACCCACCAAGCCCACAGGCAGCCUUGCUGCUCCACGUCCAGACAGCUGGGUCCUCUGGAGGAGGGGAGAGCUGUCAAGCACAGCCUGGCCGGGCCCACUCAGGGAUUCACGCUCCCGGGUUGGGUUCCUCGAAGCGCGGGGGCCCCGCCUCUCCCCCCACGGUGGGAACUAGGCUUUCUAAGAUGCUGCGACCCGCUCUGCUGCCCUUAAUAAAAACGCUCUCAGACUC